AUGUCUGUACUGACUCUGUGCACAGCCCAACAGGACGCAGCUCAGCUCAAGCAACUCACCAAGGCAGAAAUGGUCGAAUUCUACUCAACCCGCAUCCAUCCUACGUCACCCACACGGUCCAAGCUAAUCGUGCAGCUGAUUGCACGAGGGACCAGCUCCGAGACCAAAGAGGCAGACACCACGAAUGAUGACAAGGCGGCUCCGGCACCAUCGAAUGGGACUGACCCUGUCGUGAUCGAGAGCGUAGGGGAUUUCAAAGCUGGACUGGGCACAACAGCCGGGCCCCGCCCGGUCAGAGACAUUGGCGAAUUCGAGGACAUAGAUCGAAUCUUUGAAGGGACUGACAGGACGAAGGCAGAGAUAUCUGCUCGCCAUCUAAACACAGAACGUGGUACCUGUGUGGACCUUGCUAUCCGCAUCGUGGUAUUCCUCCAGCUGCAGGGCUGA